AUGCUACGGGUCAAAUCACUGGGUGGUCAAGGUUCGGAUGAAAUGGAAGGUGUUGGAUUUGAUUCAAAAGAAAUGAUUUCAGAGAAUCUGGAUAGGUUGAGUAACAUUUGGUUAUGGACCUCAAAGCACGGCACAAAUGGUCCUUCCGCUUCCUACUUCAAGAAUCAACACCGCAAGUCAGCGACCUUCAGCGACCUACCAAAUGUAAAAGAGCUCCACCGUAAGCUUGCUUCAAAUCGAUUUGCGAAUUACCUUGCUUCACACACUUCUUUACCUCUUCGAACUCAAUCUAAUGGAUCCGAACAAUUCACCAUCGGGUUGUUAGCGGAAUCAGGUCCAGAUUUCCUUAUCACCGUUUUGGCUUGUUUCAGACUGGGUCUUACCAUCUUAUUAUUAGCUCCCCAGUUACCGACCGAGCAUGUCAAUCACCUGCUCAAAGAAACGCAUUCAAGUCAUCUGCUUGUUUUUGAAUCUAAUUCCAUCAAACUCGACGAGUUGCGCAAAACACUUACAGGUGUGGAAAUCGUCAACCUUUCUUAUGGAGUGACUUCAAUAAACCCAAACGACCUGACCGAGGAAAUACCCGAACCUAAGCGUUGGAUCUCUUACGAAGAAGAAGGAUCUAGGAACGCCGUGAUCUUUCACUCUUCUGGUACAACUGGAUUACCCAAACCGAUCAAUACUUUACAUGAAUAUUUGACAUCCAAUUUACCAACAACAUUAAAUGAAGGGACUUCUUCAUUUUGUACUACACCAUUAUAUCAUGGUGGAUUUUCGGAUUUAUUUAGAUCUUUAAAUUCUCUUGAUCCUAUAUGUUUCUUUGCUUUAGAUUCAUUACCUAUCACUUUUGAUAACAUUUAUAAAUCUAUUCAAGUUUGUGCUAAAUCAAUUGGACAAACUCAGAAAAAUGUCUCAAAUGUCCACCAAAUCAAUACUUUUUUAACAGUACCAUAUAUAUUACGUCUUAUUAAAUCAAAUCCUGAUGGCAUCGCAUUACUUCAAACGAUGAAAUAUGUUUGUUUUGGUGGGGCUUCCUUAGAAGAUACAAUUGGUGAUGAACUUGUGAGGGAAGGUAUCAAUUUGGCGUCCAGAUAUGGAAGCAGUGAAUCAGGAUUUCUUUUGAGCUCUUAUAGAGAUUUCGAAAGUGACAAAGAUUGGAACUGGUUACGAGAGCCAUUGACACCAAUUGGAGACAAGACAAGAACGUUUCAAAAGAUCGACGAUUCGACCUAUGAAUUGAUCAUCAAAAAAGGAUGGCCACAAAUGGCUGUUCAUAACAUUCCCAAUGGCGAUUUUGCUACUGGUGAUUUAUUUGAACCACACUCAAGCAAACCCAGGACGUGGAGGUAUCUUGGAAGAGGAGAUGAUAUUAUUGUCUUAUCCAACGGGGAAAAGUUGAAUCCCAAUUUAGCAGAAGAGAUCUUGCAAGAAGAAUCUGAUUUGGUUUCCUCAUCUUUGAUAUUUGGUUCUCGUCGUACUCAUUGUGGUUUAGUAGUAUUAUUAGUUUCAGAUUUUGGAAAAUUAGACAAUUGGAAAGGAAGAUGGAAUAAAUUAUUAGAGAAGGUUAAUCGUCAACUACCUAGUUUUGCUCAAAUUUGGCCUGAGAUGGUCAUUUUUCUUGAAGCUGGAAUUGAUCCUUGGCCUACAAGUAGUAAAGGAUUGAAACAAAGGAAACAGAUAAAUGAUUUAUACCUCGAUAAAAUUGAUGGUUUAUAUUCCUCUACUCAUAUGUCUUCGAAGGAUCUAGACAUGAAACUAGAUUACCAAACACUCGAUGAAGAAGAACUGAAGAAAUUAAUCAAAGAAACAGUCACAGAGGCUUUGUUCGAUCUGACAGCUGAAGAUCAGAGUUUGAACAGCCGUCAAGCUUCUAUGGCUUUGAAAGAUGACGAUCAAGAUCUAUUCGAAUUUGGUUUGAACUCAUUGAAAUCAAUUCGAAUCAAGAUGUCCCUGCAAAGAAUCUUCAACCUUGAUGCUCAGUCACUUCCGAUGAACUUUGUCUACGAAUAUCCAACUGUGUCAAAAUUGAAGAAUUACUUCAUCAACUUGAAAGGAAAUGCCAACUUGGAACAGUCUAGAGUGAUUAAUGAUAAGGGCCAUGACCACGAUCUGAUGAGAUCUCUAGUGCAGAAAUAUAGCAGUUUUGAAAUACUUCCACCUCUCCCUCGCCUUCCCGUUCAGGAUGGAGAUAACGGUAGAGGUAGUGGUGUCACUGUUCUUUUGACCGGCGCUACUGGAAGCCUCGGUGCUCAUAUACUUAAAAAACUAUUAGAAAGGCCAGAGAAUGAGAUACGCGAAGUUAUUUGUCUCGUAAGAACAACGGAUGGAAGGAACGCUAGGGAUAGAGUCUUCGAAUCCUUUGAAAGUCGUAGGAUCUCGACACAACACCUUUCGGAAAACGAGAAGAGAUUACGUUUCUUACGGUUCGAUUUAAGUAAAAACGGACUGGGAAUAAGCGAUGAAGAUAUUAAAUUUACUACGGACGCAAAUCAGUUUGUGAUCAUUCAUGCGGCUUGGAUGGUCGAUUUUUUGAAACCAUUACCAAGCUUUGAGAGGGAAAACUUAAAAGGUUUACAAAGCUUGCUAAACCUGCUUGGAAGAUUGGCGAAGUCCACUGAUGCGGUCCAUCAACAAGCAGAAGCUGUUCUGCCAUCAAAGUUUAUAUUAUGCUCCUCGUUAUCAUCUGUUUCAAACACAAAAUCAUGUAAUGAGGAUCCCGAUGGACUGGCAAGAGAAAUUAUCACCCAUGAUCCCAAUCGGGCGGUAGAAAUUGGUUAUGCUCAGUCUAAAUGGGUAGCAGAAGAAAUCUGUGACGAGUUUGGAAAGGUUGAGGUCACCGUCUUGAGAAUUGGACAAUUGUGUGGAGAUCUUGAGACUGGGGUUUGGAAUAAAACAGAGUAUUGGCCACUCUUGAUUUCUAGUUGCAGAUUCACGGGUUGCCUUCCACUGCUUGAUAGACAUCCAUCCUGGCUACCAGUCGAUGUAUGCGCGCAGGCGAUCGUAGAAGACGUAGUGAUAUGUGCUCGAAUUUCCGGACCUCACGAUAACUUUCUUGAUGAAGUGGAGGAUCAAAUUAGUUCAAAGAGAAAUGAAGAUAAGGGAGCAACAGUAUACCAUCUUUUCAAUCCUAAUACAACUGUUCCAUGGAACGAUAUUGUAAAAAUGGUUCAAAAACAAGUCAAACAACGUGAUGAGUCAAUUAACGUAGAAGUUGUUGAUAGUUUGAAAUGGUUAGAGAAGCUUGAUGAAAGCGAAUCUGAUCUAAAUCUGAACCCAAGUAAGAAAUUAUUAGGGAUGUGGAAGGACCAGUUUUCGAGUCAACGCAUACAUGAAAAAAGCAAGAUGGAUAUGAAACCAGAAGGAACAAGUUUUCAUGAAAAUCAAAACAUAGAUUCAACUUUGGCUAAUAUUGAUUUACAAUUGGAAAAAAGAUGUGGACCUAUUUCUGAAGAGUGGAUUGAUAUGUUCAUUAGUGCCAUGGAAUUGUUUCCAUCAUGA